UGUGUUUGAUGUCUACAGGAGGAAAGUGAUGUGAUUGUAGUGCAGUCUGUGGUUCAGUCACUGCUCUUUAACCACAGCGUGAUCCAAACGCUGAUCUGCUGAAUCUGUUAUGUUACACUGAUGUAACAGGUUUGGCUCUCUGCUGAGAUGACCGGUGAUUUACAGUUGCUGGCAAUAUUACUGGUCUGAAAAGCCUAUGCUUUUGCUGGUUGCUGGUCAGUGAAUAAGAUAACCUUUGACCUUUUGGAGGUAAUCACUGCUUGGUUUUAAAGUAUGCCCAUUUUUGUUGUUGUGCCAGAAAACAACAACAAUGACCUAGACUUCCUUUUGGUGCUUUGCCAUAUUUUUUUUUUUCUAUCCUCACAUUUACUAAGUUCUGACUUUAAUGACACAUCCACAAGAACUAGACAAACGCAUUAGCUCACACAAGUGGUAAUGCCUUGUGCAGCACCAUCUUUGUUUCACGGUGAGGACGGUGUUCCUUGUGUCAGUGUUCGUCUCCUCUCCUCUUCUGCGAACAUAUGGAACGUCUCUGUAACCAGCAGGUUCUAAUGAUGUCCUGGUUAUAACUGCAGUGUGUCUCACCUGUCUUCAGUCUUUCUCUGGUCUCGGUCCAUUCCUGACUUCCCUUGGUUAUGUCCUUUUUCAUUUUCUAUUUCAAACUCCCCAAUGUCCUGGCAGUUUUUUCCAAAGCUUUUACUAGUUUUCUUUCAGAGAUUUUCCUUUUUUUGUUUUGUUUUUUUUUUUUUAUCGUGGUCGCUUUCUGUGCCAUUUUGAUUCAUUAAGUUGAAUUGAUAGUUUUUGUUCAGACUCAAUAACUUGUAUUUAUUUAUAUUGCUCUGUCUUUCAGUGGUAUUCUAAUGUGUACAGUUGGCAGUGUCAUCAUGACAGACUGUAGAACAGGUUGGAGAUGUUGUCAGGUGAGCUGUUUAUGUAACGAGGAAACAGAGAUGACGUUGAAAUCUCUUUGUCGACCUCAGAGAUUUUGAUUUUAAUGAAUUCACAGACAUCAGAUAGUGUUUCCUUGAUGAACAAUUCGAAUCAGGCUGUGAUAGGAAUAAACCAUGUGACCUGAGUCCGUGUGUUUGUUUGUUCUCAGUUUACCAAAGUUUGUGUUAUCUUUCAAGUCCGUGAGGUGUUGCUUUGUUGUGGGGACGGUUUAAGUAGUUAGUGGUGUUGAAAUCUCUCCCCCUCUCUCCCUCCCUCACUCCCCCUCAGCCUUCCUCCGCUUGUAUUCAAGGAGGAGCUGAAAAUCUCCGGGGUUUCUCCUGGAACCUGCUCCUCAAAUAAAAAGCUCUCCCCCCGUCACCAUCGAGCAGGAAAGACUGAAUCACCAGGAGGAGCCGCUCGUUGCCCGGCCACAUCUGUGCGCUCUGCUCCAGACUGGCACUGACAUCUGGCUGCAGCCUGUAGCUCCUCUCAUCCAGACUGAACCUGAGACAUCACUGGUAUUUAUUUGAAUUAGAAGUAAUUAAAAAUACGUUAGAAGACGCGCCUCAUCUUCGAUUAUCCUCGCUCGGCGUUGCGCGUAAUUAGAGAGAGACGCAAGUUGGAAGAGCGCUCGGUUGUCAAAGUCAAGAGUGCGCGGCGCAUCUCGAGUUUUUGGCAGCGCGCAGAUGGCAGCCCUCAUCAGCGCCUACUCUUCGUGGCCGGAGUCCUUUGAGUGUCCCCCAGGAGACAGACAAGACGUGGCCGACAUCCAUGGUCCCCGCAGAAGUCCCGGGGACAAGGCGCCGGAGCCGCGCAUCAGGAGACCCAUGAACGCCUUCAUGGUCUGGGCCAAAGAUGAGCGCAAACGGCUGGCGGUGCAAAACCCGGACCUGCACAACGCCGAGCUCAGCAAAAUGUUGGGGAAAUCAUGGAAGGCCCUGACUCCCACUCAGAAGAGGCCCUAUGUGGAGGAAGCAGAGAGACUCCGGGUCCAGCACAUGCAGGACUACCCCAACUACAAGUAUCGGCCUCGCAGGAAGAAGCAGCUGAAACGCAUCUGCAAGCGAGUGGACCCCGGUUUCCUCCUGAGCGGUCUGGCCCCUGAUCAGAAUGCCCUGCCUGACCAGAGAGCCCUCUGUCUCCCCCCUGACAAAGAUGAGGGCAGCCCUCAUGGGGUCAGCGGUGGGUUUUCCAGCCCCAGCUCAGCCCUGCCCAGUGUCAGAAGCUUCAGGGACCCCGCCGGUUCCAACAGCAGCUUUGACACUUAUCCCUACGGCCUGCCCACUCCUCCAGAGAUGUCCCCGUUGGACGCCAUGGACCACGAGCACGUGCCCCCCUCUUACUACUCGGCCUCUGGUAGCUCCUCCGUCUCCUGCUCUUCCUCAGCCUCCUGCUCGGACGAGCACCACCAGAAUCAGACACACAUUGGCAGCCCUCCACCCUACCACACCGACUACACCCAAAUGCACUGUGGAGGCUCACACAUAGGUCACAUCCCUCACAUGUCCCAGAGUGGAAGCAGCAGUGGACUGAUCCCAGCGCUGUCUUACUACAGUACCUCGUCCUUCCCUCAGAUCCACCACAGCCUUCACCAGGGCCACCUGGGUCAGCUGUCCCCCCCACCAGAGACUCAAGGCCACUUGGAGACUCUAGACCAGCUGAGCCAGGCCGAACUUCUCGGAGAGGUGGACCGCAAUGAGUUUGACCAGUACCUGAACUCUACGGGGAGCGGCUUCCACCCGGAGCAGGGCGGCGGUAUGACUGUCACAGGACACGUUCAGGUCGCCACUGCGUCUGCCACCAUCUGCCCCAGUAGCUCUGCAGAAACCAGCCUCAUUUCCGUGCUGGCAGAUGCAACGGCAGCCUACUACAACAACUACGGCAUCUCAUAAGCCCCAAGGCUCGCCCGUCAGGCACGACAGCAUUACAACGGUUGAAUACACCAGGGUGUAAUGUUGCACUCGGUCACUGAAAGAUCUCUUUUUCAGUGUCUGUGUGCAACUUCAGCCUAACACGAUUAAAACCUGAACUGGUUGCAGGAAAGUACAAAGUACAGUUGGAACAACGUGAAGAAAAGGAGAUGGACACCUCAGGGAAGCAGACACAAAUUAUCGUUGAACACCGAUCUCCCGUUGUGUUGAAGUGUGUCAACCAGAGGAGCAAUCACAAAAGACUCGUCCACUUGUAAAUGUUAGCGUUGCGGCUAGGCGAUGUACAGGUGCUCUAGAAGCUAAUUUAAUGUUUUGUAUAAACUCCUGCUGUAAGUAAUAUAAUCGAUUCUUUCCAUUCAAAUGUUUUAUUGUAUCAUACGUGUCGCUCUCAUCCGUUUGGGAGUUUUUACCUCAGUAGCUGUAAAUAAAUGAGGUUUUAGUGGGACAUUUCUUACACAAUUUAACAAAGCAGUGUAUUAUGAAGGCGAGAAGAGGCGUUUAUACUUCUCAAGUAGCUAAUAAUAUAUGUAUCAUAACCUCUAUGAAGAAAAAUAAUAAUGUAAUUAUAACCGUAUGCUGAUUUAGGUUUGUGAAAGAUGGUAAUUUAAAAAAGAAAUAAAGGUCCAUUUUUGUAUUAAUGAGAAGUUAUGUGGAUGUGAAUAAUGCAGAGUCUAUGAGUUUGCAAACCUUUACGCCCAAAACUGGAUAAUUAUAAAAACUGACAAAGACACAAAGAAUAAAAAUCAUGAAAACAAAA